CGAGUUUCGUCAGUUUGGCUGAAUUUGUGGCAAUUCGAUUGAGCUUGAGAUCGUAUAUAAGAAAACAAAACAUAGUAGUGGAUUGUUGAACUAACAUACAAUCGGAUCGAUGGCAGACGUUCAAGUAACUGAAAACGGUAACGACAAUGAACCGCCUAAGACGGCUAAGCAACUGGCAAAAGAAGCCAAAAAGUUGGAAAAAUUAGCAAAAUUUGAUGCUAAAAAAUCCAAAAUUGAUCAAAAGAAGCAAAUUGAUGCAGAUUCAGUGAAAGAAGGUAAAGAAAAGAAAGUUAAGGAGAAGUUGACAAUCACUUAUGAUAAAAGUACCAAACCUGGUGACAAAAAAGAUCUUUCAGGUCCAAUGCCCGAUUCAUACAGUCCCCAGUAUGUCGAAGCAGCUUGGUAUGCAUGGUGGGAAAAAUCUGGCUUUUUUAAACCUGGAUAUGGGAGAUCGUCGGCCACAGAACCCAACCCAAAUGGUAAGUUCAUGAUAGUGAUUCCUCCUCCAAAUGUCACUGGCUCAUUACAUCUUGGUCAUGCACUCACCAACUCCAUACAAGAUGCCAUCACACGAUGGCAUCGUAUGAAUGGCAAGACAACGUUGUGGAACCCUGGUUGUGAUCACGCGGGCAUUGCCACACAAGUCGUUGUGGAGAAAAAGUUGUGGAAGGAGCGCAAGUUGACCAGGCAUGAUUUGGGCAGGAAAGCUUUUGUUGAUGCAAUUUGGAAAUGGAAAGAAGAAAAAGGAGAUAGAAUAUAUCAUCAGUUGCGAAUACUUGGAGGCAGUUAUGAUUGGGACAGGGCAUGUUUCACCAUGGAUCCCAAGCUGAGCAAAGCAGUGACAGAGGCAUUUGUGAGGUUGCACGAGUCGGGCAUCAUAUACAGGAGUUACAGGCUGGUCAACUGGUCAUGCAGUCUCAAGUCUGUCAUAUCCGAUAUCGAGGUUGAUAAGCGAGAGCUGACUGGUCAAACGAUGUUAUCUGUGCCAGGGUAUGAUGAAAAGAUUGAAUUUGGAGUGCUCGUGUCAUUUGCUUACCCCGUUGAAAAUUCAAAUGAAGAGAUAGUCGUUGCAACGACUCGCAUUGAGACGAUGUUGGGUGACACGGGGGUGGCGGUGCAUCCGGACGAUCCGAGGUACAAACAUCUGACGGGCAAGUCCUGCGUUCAUCCCUUCUUUGAUCGACUUCUUCCUAUCGUGUUUGACGACAUGGUUGACACUCAAUUCGGAACGGGUGCUGUGAAGAUAACACCUGCUCACGACCACAAUGAUUACGAAUGUGGCAAGAGGCACAACCUGCAAUUCAUCAACAUUAUGAAGGACGACGGCACACUCAAUGAAAGCUGUGGGCAGUUCUCUGGUAUGAAGAGAUUCCACGCCAGGAAGAAAGUUUUGCAAGCUCUCAAAGACAAGGGCUUAUUCAGAGCGUGCCAAAACAAUCCCAUGGUCGUGCCUGUCUGCAGUCGAUCAAAAGAUAUCAUUGAGCCGUUGUUGAAGUUACAGUGGUUCGUUAACUGCAGUGAUAUGGCACAGAAGGCAGUUGAUGCGGUCAGGAAUGGUGACCUGAAGAUCAUUCCCGACGCAUUUGAGAAGACCUGGUACCAGUGGCUUGAAAAAUGCAGAGAUUGGUGUAUAUCUCGUCAGUUGUGGUGGGGGCAUCAGGUGCCCGCCUACUUUGUAACCAUCGACGAUCCAUACAUUCUUCCUGGAACUGAAGAGGACAACAGGUUCUGGGUGAGUGCAUCAUCUGAGGAAGAGGCAAGGAAGAAGGCUGCCAGGAGGUUCAAAGUGGAUGAGGAUAAAAUAACACUGAGGCAGGAUGAAGAUGUUUUAGACACCUGGUUCUCGGCCGGUCUCUUUCCAUUCUCCGUUCUCGGAUGGCCUGAUCCGUCGGAGGAUCUGGACUUUUUCUACCCUGGCAGUCUGUUGGAGACGGGCCAUGAUAUCCUGUUCUUCUGGGUGGCCCGCAUGGUCAUGCUGGGUCUGCAGUUGCUUGGCAAAUUACCAUUCAAAGAGGUAUAUCUGCAUGCAAUGAUACGAGACAAGUACGGUCGCAAGAUGAGCAAGUCACUUGGGAACGUCAUUGACCCACUGGAUGUCAUCAGAGGAAUCCAACUUGAAGAUCUUCACAAGCAGUUGUAUGACGGCAACUUGGAUCCCAAGGAAAUUGAAGUUGCUAAAGAAGGACAGAAAGCACAAUUCCCUCAAGGCAUACCAGAGUGUGGGACUGACGCACUGAGGUUCGGUCUGUGUGCCUACACAUCUCAAGGUCGUGACAUUAACCUCGACGUCUUGAGAGUGCAAGGUUACAGAUUUUUUUGCAACAAACUGUGGAACGCCACCAAGUUCGUGCUGACCAAUCUCACUGACAGCUUCAAGCCACUGUCAGAGUUCAAGUUGACAGGCAAGGAGUCAUCCAUGGAUCUCUGGAUAGUCAGUCGGCUGUGUGACACAGUUGAAAGUUGCAACAGAGCCUUCUUGACGUACGACUUCCCAGUGGCCACGACUGCUUGCUACAACUUCUGGCUCUACGAACUUUGCGACAUCUACUUGGAACAUUCAAAGCCCAUUUUGUAUGGAAAUGACGAGGAGAGCAAAACAACCACAAGAGAGAUUUUGUACAGCUGUUUGGAGACAGCCCUGCGUCUCAUCCAUCCUUUCAUGCCAUUUAUCAGUGAGGAAUUGUAUCAAAGAUUGCCAGCCAGGACUGCAGACAGACCUCCGAGUCUUGUCGUCUCGCCAUAUCCGAAGACAGAACAGUUUACCUGGAAAGAUGUCAGCUUGGAGAAGGAGAUUGACUUUGUGAUGAUGACCAUCAAGACAGUUCGAUUCAUGAGGGCGGAUUAUCAACUGACCAAACAAAAAACUGAUUUGUAUGUUCGAUGCUUAGAUAAAGACUCGGAGAUAAUUCUCAGCAAAUAUAAAGACCUCGUGAAAACGUUGACGUCAUCAAAUUUCGUCAUGGUCCUUACGAAAUCCUCUGCAGACCAACCUCCACAAGGCUGUGCCAUUCAAACUGUCUCAACCAAGUGUGAAGUCCACAUGAUGCUCAAGGGAUUGAUAGAUUUCACGAAAGAGGCAGAAAAGUUGAAGGAUAAGAAAGGCAAGUUAGAGGUUCAGUUGAAUAGCUUUCUCAAACUUACUCAAAAGCCUGAUUACGGGUCCAAGGUUCCAGAGCAUGUAAGACAACAAAACACUGAAAAGAUAGGGGAAAUUAACCAAGAAAUAGAUCAUUUGAAUCUGGCUAUCAAAAAAUUAAUGAAAAUGGAACCCUAGUUUUAAUUAUACAGAUUUGAAGCGUUGUUAAUUUAUUAUAUAUACAUUUUAUUAUUUUUUAAAUUUAUAGCAUGAUUAUGCAAUUUUAGGAUGUUGGAAAAUAUUUUAUUUACUGUUGAAGCUAUUUUAUUAUAGUUAGACGGAUUGAAUGGCAUGCGCGAUUCAAUGUUUGACGAUCUUUUCUACUUGCUACGGCUUUCGCAAGUUUCUCACAGAUUUUAAAUUGAAUUCGAUAUC